ACGACGUUCGAAGUUUCAUUGAGGGUCCGAGUUUUAUAUACAUACAACCGGAGGGUUUAUGCAAAUUGAGAGACGGCAAGGCGAAAAUGGUGAUGUCGCCGGCAGUAAACACGUACCCACUCUCAAGCUACACUUUCGGUAGCAAAGAAGCCAAGAUUGAGAAAGAUACUUCUGUUGCUGAUCGUCUUGCCCGUAUGAAAACCAACUAUGUGAAGGAAGGAAUGAGGACUUCGGUUGAGGGGAUAUUACUGGUACAAGAGCAUAACCAUCCCCAUAUUCUUCUUCUGCAAAUAGGCAAUACCUUCUGUAAACUUCCUGGCGGUCGUUUAAAGCCUGGAGAAAAUGAAAUCGAAGGGCUGAAAAGGAAAUUAUCUAGCAAAUUGGCUGCAAACUCUUCAAAUCUACAGCCAAACUGGCAGAUUGGUGAAUGCGUAGCUACGUGGUGGAGGCCAAACUUUGAAACUAUAAUGUACCCGUACUGCCCUCCACACAUCUCAAAGCCCAAGGAGUGCAAGAGGCUUUACCUAAUCCACUUAUCAGAAAAAGAGUACUUUGCUGUUCCUAAAAACUUGAAACUCCUUGCUGUUCCCCUGUUUGAGCUGUAUGAUAAUGUUCAGAGAUAUGGACCUGUAAUUUCUACAAUUCCCCAACAGCUUUCAAGAUUUCAGUUCAACAUGAUCAACAAUGAAACAAAUGACAAAUAGCUGCUUUGAUCCAACAUUGAUCCAAUAUUAACUAUAAGCUCUGUCAGAACUUUGGUUUGGUUCUGCUGAAACAAAAAACUUCUGAAGCUAUUGCAACAGAGAACCAAACUGUGGCAGCCUUUUAACUGUCGUGGUAGACUUAAUUUA